ACCGUCGGUUUGCCGAAAUAUGGCACCUCUUGGAAAGCUUGACGAAUACGACGAAAAACAACAGAAUUUUGACUCGUAUUUAGAGCGUUUCGAGCACUUCGUUAGCGCAAACGACAUCAAACCAGAAAAGAAGCUAGCGGUGUUCUUGACCGUUAUAGGACCUCGAGCUUACGAAGUUCUGAAAAGCUUGGUCGUACCGGCAGUACCGGGAGAUAAGUCGUUCGAAGAAGUGAAAGUUUUGCUGAAAAACCACUAUAGCCCGAAGAGCUCGGUCAUAGCGGAAAGGUGCAAAUUCAACAGACGUGUACAAGAGGAACAGGAGAGCGUUGAAGAUUUCAUUGUAGCGCUAAAGCAUUUGGCAAGGAAGUGUGACUUUGGCCAGUUUCUGCAAGAUGCUCUGAGGGACAGGCUUGUGGCGGGAAUACGGCGCGAAGAAACGCAACGUGCGCCAUUCGCCGAAGAAAGCUUAACCUUCGAAAGGGCAUGCAAGAUCGCAUUGGAUCAAGAGCAGGCCGCACGACAGACAGCGUUACUACACGCCGGAAGCAAAGACGCGUCGUUGAACGAGAUAAGAGCGAACCAGAAAGAUAACGUCAAUAAGCGUGACGUUCGAAAACACAAGCAAAGCAAGAAGUCUUGCGAAAGAUGUGGAAGGGCGCAUGCGGCAAGCAAAUGUUGGUACAAGAAUGCUACGUGUCACAAGUGUGGCAAGUUAGGCCAUUUGCAAAAAGUGUGCUCGAACGAGAAAAAGGGACCCAAGAACGCGAAUGCAGUGGACUGCUCGGAGGACGAUUCAGAACUGGACGUCUAUCACUGCCUUAACACGGUUGUGCGGUUCACACACGCCGACCACAUCCGAGACCGCCUUGCAAGCCCGACGUCCCUUACUGCCCCGCCUACGCCGGAGGAGCCUACGCUCCCAGAUGUUCCGGUGCCUCGAGAAACCCAGCCGAUGGUGCCACAAGUUGCUUCUGCUGCUAUGCCAGCGGACUCUCAAGCCGGCAGUCAACAAGCUACACGGACGCGUCAGCAGCCGCUUCCACCACCGAGUUCCACAAGUGCGCCAGUGACGACACCGGAGCCUUGUACUGAGGCACCGACUUCCAGAAGAAGUUAUCCUUCCUACAUGCAAUCGUCGACAAAAAAUUCAAGACCUAACAACGCGAUUGUGAAGUGCAACAGGGCACACAAUAUUCUUAACACCACCGUUCUUGCUCUACAGUCAAGUGAAACCGGUGUCAACGCCGUGGACGAUACAGGUGUUACACACGAUCCCAUGAAGUUGUAUGCGUGUCCCUCGGACCCUAAAGUCACCGAGAUGAAUGCCGACAUUCGAGGUGCGACUUCCUGCCGGGCCAACAACUUCAAUAAGAAGAGACCCACAUGGCCUGAAACAACAGCACGGCAUGCUGCGAUUCUCAGGAACCUUUCUACCAAGGCGUACGAGUACAUGAAGGGUGAAGGCCUGCUCCAAUUGCCAGGACGCAGUACACUGCAGCGCUACAUUGGAGGGAUGAGCGGUGAG